AGAUGUAAGAUUAGUACAGUGUACAGUGUACAGUACUAAAUGAACUUCUUUAACCGGAGAAAACGUCCCCGUCCUACUGUCCCUAUAUCUGAAACAUCCCCAUGGCAACUAUAUGGAUCUCAAAGAGCCGUGAGAGGAGUGACACCGCAGCGAGCCCACUCCGAGACGGUUAACUCUAAACUGUACAUCUACCUGGGUGAUAUAACAGGUCUACAAGUAGACAGUAUAGUAAACGCAGCUAACAACUCCUUAUUAGGAGGUGGCGGGGUGGACGGCGCAAUACACGCCGCUGCGGGGCCCAGCCUCCGCACUGAGUGUUCUAAACUAGGCGGGUGUAGUACUGGGGACGCCAAAAUUACUAAAGGUCACAACCUGCCUUCAAAACAUAUUAUACAUACGGUUGGACCGCGGGGGAAGAAUCCAGAAGUUCUCAAAUCUUCUUACAACAAAUGUUUCCAGCUCAUGAGGGAGAACAGUUUGAAAUCCAUCGCUUUUCCCUGUAUCUCUACAGGUGUUUACGGGUACCCAAAUAGAGCUGCUGCUCAGGUAGCGAUUGAAACAACACGAGACUUUGUUGAGAACAAUCUAGAUCAUGUUGACGCCGUUAUAUUUUGCUUGUUCACCAAACAAGAUAUAGAAGCUUACCACGAAUUUUUGCCAGCAUUCUUUCCUCUUGGUUUAAAAGCUAAGGUUGAAAAUAAAGGUGAGGAGAAGAAAGAAGAGGGAGUUUCAGUGGUGGAUAGUAAAGUAGAGGAAGGAGAGGGGGACAAAGAAGAGGAACCAGCAAGGUGUUCUGAAGGAGAGGAUAUUACUGCAGAGGUAAAUGAGGCAAUUGAUGAAAUCGACAAUGCAGAGGUAAAUGAGGCAAUUGAAGAAAUCGACAAUGCAGCGAAAUGUGAAGAUGUGUCUGAGUCUACGAGCAAAGAACAAUCUGCGCCUAUGAGUCAAGAAAAGUCUGAGCCUAUGAGUCAAGAACAGUUCACAGCAUCAAGUCAACAAGAUGAGAAAGAAGAGCCUAUGUCUCAACAGGAAACCCAAGAUUUGAAAUGACAAGUUUGGAGAACGUUUAACCGUAGGUUUAGUUUACAAUUGUGUACUAUUUAUAGUACCUUUUAUAAAAGUUGAUGUUGGAAUGCAUAUGCUAGCUGUUAAGUAUUUUCACUUCGCAUGACCAGUAGCGGCAGGAAUCUAGAGGUUUUUAUUUUAUAUUUUAUAUUAUGUAACUUUACAUGUUUGCCAGAGAAUGAAAUUUGAAAUUCGCAUUUGUUUUGCUUUUUGUACAUUAUACAUACGAGCAUUAUUUUUUUUAUGAGCACAUUUCUUUUCAUUAA